GAAAGCUCGAUUAAAGGUGCGAGAUAAGAGAUCGCGGAGAGGUAAACGGAGCGAAAGGAGCCGCUCGACUCCUCCUGCUUUGGAGGAGGAGGAGGAGGAGGAGGAGGAAGAGGCGGAGGAGGAGCUGCGCGCACCUAAACAGACGGUGGGGGUAAUGCAUGCAUUGUGUUCAGUGUGUCAGUCCUGCACGCAGCUCGAGCCAGAGAGCAGCCCAGCCGGUCAAAACAAACCCAGCGGAGGGGAGGAUCGUGUCUGCAGCUGUCCUCGACGGAGCGCUGCAGGAGGACGCGAUCCGUCGGGGCGCGACGGGCUUUUGGUGUGAGCAGCUCGUCGGCUGAAACGCCUCCGACAGCUCCGGCGCCUGCAAGGAGGACAUAGGGGUGGAAACAAGGGGGCAUCAGCCGUACCUUUUCCUUUUUUUUUUAUUUCUUUCUUUUUAACCUGAAGGCCUGAGAGAAAGGCGACCGAGCCACCACCACCACCACCCCUUCUCUCCCAGCAGACAUGCCCGGCUUCGACUACAAGUUCCUGGAGAAGCCGAAGAGACGGUUCCAGUGUCCGCUCUGCAGCAAGGCGAUGCGGGAGCCCGUCCAAGUGUCCACCUGUGGACACCGGUUUUGUGACACCUGUCUGCAGGAGUUCCUCAGUGAGGGUGUCUUCAAAUGUCCAGAGGAUCAACUGCCGUUAGACUAUGCCAAGAUAUACCCGGACCCAGAGCUGGAGCAGCAGAUUCUGGCGCUGCCCAUCCGCUGCAUCCACAGCGAGGAGGGCUGCCGCUGGACCGGACAGAUGAAGCAGCUGCAGGGCCACUUCUCCACCUGCGCCUUCAACGUGAUUCCGUGCCCGAACCGCUGCUCCGUCAAGCUGACGCGCCGCGACCUGCCCGACCACCUGCAGCACGACUGCCCCAAGCGCAAGGUCAAGUGCGAGUUUUGCGGCAGCGAGUUCACCGGCGAGGCCUACGAGAACCACCAGGGCGUGUGUCCUCAGGAGAGCGUUUACUGUGAGAACAAAUGUGGAGCGAGGAUGAUGCGUCGCCUGCUGUCCCAGCACAGCCUGGCCGAGUGUCCCAAACGCACGCAGCCCUGCAAGUACUGCGGCAAAGAGUUUGUCUUCGACACAAUCCAGAACCACCAGUAUCACUGCCCACGCUUCCCUGUCCAGUGUCCAAACCAGUGCGGCACUCCUAACAUCGCCCGGGAGGACCUGGCCAACCACGUGAAGGACAACUGCGGCAAUGCGCUCGUCCUCUGUCCUUUCAAAGACGCCGGCUGCAAACACAGGUGCCCUAAACUGGCUAUUGGUCGUCACCUGGAAGAGACCACCAAGUCACACCUGACCCUGAUGUGUAACUUAGUGGGUCGCCAACGGCAAGAAAUCCUGGAGCUGCGAAGAGAGAUGGAGGAGUUGUCGGUCAGCCAAGACGGUGUCCUCAUCUGGAAACUCAGUGACUACUCUCGCAAACUCCAGGAAGCCAAACUCCGGAGCAACCACGAGUUCUUCAGCCCACCGUUCUACACCCACCGCUACGGCUACAAACUGCAGGUGUCCGCCUUCCUGAACGGGAACGGCAGCGGCGAGGGCUCCCAUCUCUCCGUCUACAUCCGCGUCCUACCGGGAGAGUACGACAACCUACUAGAGUGGCCCUUCUCCUACAAGGUGACGUUCUCCAUCCUGGACCAGAGCGACCCGUCUCUGUCCAAACCGCAGCACAUCACAGAGACCUUCAACCCCGACCCCAACUGGAAGAACUUCCAGAAGCCCUGCAGCAGCCGCAACUCGCUGGACGAGAGUACCCUGGGCUUCGGCUAUCCCAAGUUCAUCUCGCACGAGGAAAUAAAGAAGAGAAACUACAUCCGAGACAACUGCAUCUUCAUCAAGGCUUCUAUAGAUAUUCCCCAGAAGAUAAUGGGUUAAGAUCCAGUGUUUUGUUUUUCUGUUCAUGGAGGAGAAAGACAGGUUAAAGACUUGAACUUGUGCUUAACCUUGAAAGCUUCUACACAUUUACCCUUUAGAUACUUUCUGCCCUCACAGCUCCGCCACAAGAGCUCGAAGCGCGUCUGGUUGUACGAGCUGACUUGGAGGAACUUGCAUCCCAGAGGGGAAAAUGUUUGGUCUGCAGAACUGUCACUCGUUGACGUUUCUUUUUUUAUUAUUUCCGUUUUUUCUAUGCGUUUGCUGACCUUUUUAAUCACCCUCUACAACUUAAAGCCUUUGAAAUCAAACAGUGCCUAGAGUGUUUAUCUUGAGUUCUACUUUAUUUUUUUUUUUGUUUCUGCUGUACCAACAUAAAAGAAUGUGGUUAAGAUAUAGAAAGAAGGGUAAAGGGCAUUUGUAAGCUGAAAAGAAGCUUUGAAAAUGUUCAGAAAUGCUCCUCCUGAAGACGGAGCAAAGCAGGUUCAACCUCAAGCCCAAUUGCCUUUUGUUUACAGUGUCAGACGGUAUACUGAUCCUUUAACAAACAGACAUUCCCCGGUAAGAACUACCUGUAAAGGUUUAUCCAAUCACAAACAUACAAAUUUAUAUUUUUAGGAGACCUUAAAUAUUUAGAUGUUUUAAUCAAAGAUUUUCCAUUUUAUAACUCAUUAAGCCAGGAAAGCUUUUACUAUAGGCUAUGCUAAAUAUGAAGUUGCAGUCGGUUUCUUUUUCUUUCUUUUUUUUUUUUUUUUUUUUUUUUGUUAGCUUAGCUUAGAGCAGAAGCCUGAAAAUCAGUGUGGUUUUGUUAAAGAAAAAAUAACAUCCAUCUAACUACAGCUAAAAAGUAUAAUUCUAAAUCCAGCCAACUUGCUAUUUUUAUUGUUUUCCGUUUAAUUUACCUCACCGUUAACUUGAAAUCUCUGGUUACUACUUCGUAGCUUUCGCACACUGCUGACAAACACGUUAAAGUAUUCAACAGACUUCAACUUAAACACCUAAAACAUCAUGUUUUAUUCAAAUAAUUGAGGUUUUUUAUAGAUCUUUCAAUGCUAGAAAGUAAACUCCUAUUUGGUAGCAAGUAAACUAAAGCUGGUUUCUGAAGCGCUUAAAUGUCUGCAAUAAAAAUAACCUUUUUAGUGAACAAUUUGCAUCAAACAGUAGAUGUAAGCCUCCUACCUAAUCCCAACCAAAAUCUUUGGACCGAGCAAACUCACUAUUAACUUUAGUUUCCCCUCUUUCUGCUAGGCAAUAUUAACAAUUUGAUGAUGGCAUAGCAUAACAUUUGAAACCCCUUGUCAUUUGCCUCUCAAAGAAAAGUUAAUUUCCCUGAAAAUGGAGAAAGACACUUAAAACUAAAACUAGUUUUGGAAAUUGUUAGGUUUUGCUCAAAUGUUUUAAAUAAGAAUAAUCACCGUGGCUUUUAUUUAUAGUCGACCACCCAACAUUCAAUGUAAAGCUUACCAAUAGACCCACGCACAAACUGUUAGUAGGGAAUAAACUUAUCUGCUGCAGUUUUAGUUUUUUAUGCUAAGCUAUGCUAACCAUCAGCAUACCUUCGUGUAAAGAUCUACCUUUUCAUUUAUUUCUUGUAACAGGAAAAAAUCACUUUUCUUGUUUUGUUUUUUACUUCUAAACCUUACAAAAACACUUAACCAAGACUGUGCUAACUAUAAAGCUGAAGGCUGUUUCUUAAUCACUAAACUUAUCCUAAAUAUUAAUAAAGAAUAACAACUGGCAUGGCUUUUACUUAAUAAUGUCCACCCUAACAGGAGAUCAAAGGCUGAUUCUAGCACCCACAUCCAGGCCUAUACAUAGAACAAAUACAUUGUAUUUUGGAUGUACGUACUCACAAGAACUGAGAAAGGUAUUUGUUUACAUUUCUGCGUUAACCACGCCAUCUUCAUAUUUUUUACCAAUUAAGGAAUAUUUCUUCGACAUCACACACAAUUAUUUUUUUGGCCUAGAUGGUGUAUUUAUCGCAGCUUGUUAAGCUAACUACUUAUUUCUAUGAAAGGAAUGGUCUCAUCCUUUUUCCACUGCCCUGGGAAAGAGAACAACUUUCUUGGCUCGUGUUUAGUACGUACAUUCCUUUAGGCGACUGACUGCUAACAGUUUUACGAUAGCCCUAAAAAGCAAAACUUUUCAUUUACUUCUAACAAAAACAAAUUUGAUUUUGUGUACUUUAAUAAUGUUAAAAAAAACAGGCCGCGUUAAAGACUAAUUGCACAACAAUACUAAAGGUUAGUUGGUUGUUACUGUAGCAGGAGAUAGCUAGCGCUUUCUUGUGUAUUAGCUAACUAGAUCAUAGUUAGUUUCAGGAGCACUCUGAUGUACCGAACACACGCAAGUUUAACUGGCUCCAUGUUUAUGAUGGGGGUCAUCACGCUGAUAAAAUAAACUUUAAAGCACCUUUCAUCCAUUUCCUCCCUACUGUCAGAAUACACAUGCAUUUAAGAGUGAAGGAAAAGCCAUGUGGCCUUUUUACACAGUAUGUCUUCGCAUGAGGGUUUUAGUGGUGAGCAGGGCAAACACAUGCAUGCUUCCUGCAUCAAAACCUGGUUCUCACUUUCUUUUAUUUUUUUAAUGUAAGCUGUAUUCUUGAAAUCCUCACUUGUUGAUGAUUAUUCACUAGUUGUUGUUUUUUUUUUUUUUGUUUUUUUUUACCAUUUGAAAGAUGACAGAAGCUGUCAAAGAAAAGCUUUUUCCGAUUUUUUGUUUUGAUUAAAAUGUGAACGCCCUUGGUGGUAUAACCUGUAGAGGAGACGGACAUUUGGACUGAGUGUAAUGUUUUACACACCUGGGGAAUGGAAGGUGUCCAGAUGCUUGGUGUGAUGGGACUGAGUGCAGCUCCGUUGCAAACCACAAUCACCGGGCGGUGACCAUCCUCAGCUCAACACACAAUGUGACAAUGACGAGCAGCCCUGUGCUGUAACACCUGUUUUUUCUCGUCGAAGCGCCAUCAGGAGCUGAGAGGACUUUGAUGACACAGUUUACUUAUGAUAUAUGUGAAUACUAAUGUAAAAACGCAGAAGCACAUUCUGUCUUUUUAUUAUUACACAUGGGGGAAUUCUUGAUUUCUUGUCAUGAUACCAGCUGAUAUUUUACAGUGACACAAAAAAAGCAAGGAAAUAAAGAACCUUUUUUUGUAAGAUUAUGUAUUUUUAAAAAUGCUUUACUGUUUUAUACAAGCUCUUUAUGUUGGAGAGUCGGGGUUGACUUUGGGAGUUUUCAGACCCAUUCGUCUUUUGAACAUUUGGAUAAUUUGUCUGUCUGUGUGGUUUGAGCCUGUUCUGUCUGUAUUAUUUCCUCUUAAAAGUAUUUAUUUUAAGGAGCCAUCUGCAGUUUAGACUGGUGGCACAAAUGUUUUAAUAUGUUGAUUGAUGAGUGCUUGUCAAUUUCUUAUCUGAAAUAAAAUACCAUAUAUUACAA